AUGACUAACUGGGCAAUAGAGCUCUCUGAGUAUGACAUAACUUACGAAACUCAGCAUGCCAUUAAGUGUCAAGCUUUAGCCGACUUCGUAAUGGAGCUCACCCCAGUUGAUGGAGGAAGAGUUGAGAAUAAUGACAAAUGGAAGGUUUAUGUUGAUGGUUCAUCGAACAACAAAGGAAAUGAAGCUGAGUAUAAAGCCCUGAUAGCUGGAUUGAUGCAAGUCAAAGAGCAUGGGGCUAAAAGAGUUAAAAAAUUUAAUGAUUCACAGCUCGUCAUUUCACAAGUUAAUGGGAAAUAUCAAGUCAAAGGUCAUCUGCUGAUAAAAUAUUUGAAUAGAGUGAAAGAAAUUAUGUCCGGGUUUGAGGAAGUAGUGAUUACUUAUAAUCCUCGAGGAGAAAACAACAGAGCUGAUAUCCUGUCCAAAUUGGCAAGCACAAAGAAUUCGGGGAACCACAAAACUGUGGUUCAACAGAGCAUAGUGGAGCCGAGUUGCGUGAUGCGAGUGAAGGCGAAAGUUCCUCCAAAAUUAAUAUUACACAGCAACAGCGACAAGUUAAAGGCAAGUGAGCUUUUUGAAAUAGAGCAUGAAGAAAUGCUAAAGGAAGCACAAGACUGGAUAAAGGGGACUGCUCAGUCAUGCUCCGCCGUGGCUGUCCUUGUUGCCACCGUCGUCUUUGCAGCUGCCUACACUGUCCCAGGAGGUGUCAAUGACAAUGGUGUUCCUGUAUUCCUCAACUCUCCUCUGUUCCUGUUCUUCACCAUUGCUGAUGUUGUUGCACUUGCAUGCUCAAUGGUUUCUGUGAUGAUGUUCCUUUCCAUUCUUACAUCUCCAUUUGAGAUGGAAAGUUUUCUAAAGUCCCUGCUGUUAAUAGUGCCAAACCAGUAUUUGCAAGAAGAAGAAAACGAAAAGAUGUUGUAUAUUCAUUAG